AUGGAGGCGGCACGGAGGCCGCGGUCGGGGCUGCGCAGCCGGAGGCCGUCCUCAGGGGGCGGCGGCCGCGGGGGGCCCCUCCCGGGGGAUGGCGGCGAGUGCGCGCGGCCGUGGGCGGAGCUGCUGCGAGCUGGGAGCGCGGAUCUGAGCCCCGACGGAGAGCUGCCGUCGCUGCCCGCCUUCCCCGGCCCGGAGCACGGCCGAGGUCCCGAGCGCACCGCGCCCCCCGAGGUGUUCACCGUGGGAGCCCGGACCUUUUCCUGGACGCCCUUCCCACAGGCCCCGAGGGGAGGCGGGGACCCAAGCCGUUCCUACCGGGUGCUGCUUGGGGCCCGGGGACGCUCGGGGUCCCCUGCCAGGUCCCCGCAGCGACGCCCCGCGCCUCAGCCCCGCGGGAUCCCUGGUCCCCAGGAGCAGCUGUGGGAGGCGACCCUGCGGAGCUGCCCCAUGUGCCAGGCCAACUUCGCCCCCAGUCUGGCCCCGCUGGACAUUGAUGGCCACCUUGCUCAGUGCCUGGCGGAAAGCACGGAAGACGUGGCGUGGUGAUGAGCCUAGCCAGUGCGGAGGCCCAGCCUCGCCCUGCUGGAACCGUGUCCUCUCCGUCAUGGAAGCCACGUGUUAAAACAUCAGUGUGGACUCCUGGUGUGGUGUGUUUGUAUCGGGACUGAAACCCGGGCUCCUCUCCCUUUUUGGCUGACGCUAAGCAGAGUGCUCUCCUGCCAUCCAGGAUGGACAGAGUCGUCACUCAGCAGAGGGACCAGGCCCAGGUGGAUGAGCUGAGACUCAUGAGCAGAACUGGCCACGUCUGCGGACAGGCGGGGGCAGCAUGUUUUCCUGCCUCCGCAGACCCCGCUCACACCGUGUUUUAAUUCCCCAGAUGAAGUGCUCAUUACUCAGUGUCGGCCACCCACGGGUGGGUGGGGACUUAAGUGCCAGGAUCGGGCCAGGCGCCAUCGCAGUGGGCAGGCCAGUGUGCCAGAACAUUCCACAUCAGCCAGGUGGUGUUGGGCUUCCGGGACCAGUGGAAAAUGGGGCACAAGAGCACCCAUAGGGUAGCUCUCCUUCCAGUGCUGACAGCCCACAGAUUCUGGAAGAGCUGGGCUUUCGUGGCACCCACCGUGGCCGCAGAGCUGUGGCAGCAGGGAGUGGGUCACGAGCCACGAAGACACCGUGGAAGAACCUAACUGCACGUGACUAAGGGAAAGACGCUAGUCUGCAGACCGCCUGCUGCAUGACCCCCUGCUGCAUGAUGCCCUGUAGAGGCUUCUGGAAAAGGCAAAACUACAGAGACAGUAAAGAGACCUGUGGU